CAACCUCUGCUUGUAAGUUUAUCGUAGAAUACCUACCCAUCACUGUACCAACAGCGGAUUCGCGCCAAAUUUUUCGCGCGCCAAACGAAAUCGGCAUGCCAACAUCUACUACCAGUACCAGGCACAUACAUACCGUAGAGGAAGUGUUGGAAGCCUAACGUACAUGCUUUAUUCGUACAGAACCGAUGCAGCGUGCCCAAACUAGGCAAUGGCACCGCAUCGUACGAAUACUCGUACUGGUUCCCCAUACUGUGGUACAACGCAUUGUUUGGAAACCCUUGGCAUGAUACGACGGCCUACCCAGGGGGGCCUACCAACUGUACGGAAUCCGCACAGCAGGGGAAGCAGCGAAAAAUCUUACCACCUCUUGGUUUGUACUUGUACUUGCCUGGUACGGUACUGUACCGUGCGGUUUCGCAUUUGCGUUCCUCCCGCUGCCACAAUCGUUCCUUGGUGCCCGGCACAGAAGCAUCGGCACGAACGGCACACACUGAACCGUACCAGUACCGUUCCAUCGCACCGCAGGGAGCAGAAGCGGAGACGCACGGAAGCAACCCAACGAGCAACCCAACGAGCAACCCACAGAGAAUGCCGAAACAGCAAUCGAGCCUCCACUCGUUUUUUGGCGUGCCCGGAAAGAGCAAGCCCAAGAAACAAAAGACGCUGACGUCCUUUUUCAGGGCCGACAAGGAAAACGACGGCAACGGGRCCGGGGCGGAGGAAGCACCGGCCGGGAGGGCAGCGACCAAACCGAAGAACCCGACGGUGCCCGAUGGCAGCGAAAACAAGGAGGAGGGAGUUGCUCCGAAGCGGACCGGCCCUCCCACGGGCCACAAAAAGCGGGCAUCUCCGGACGGAACCACCCGCAAUGAGAGCAGCAGCCAGAAACAGAGGCGCCGCCUCGUCAUCGACGACAGCGACAGCGACAAGGAAAAGGACGAGGACGAGGACGAGGAAAAGGACAACAGCAACAACAGAAACGACAACAGCAACAACAGAAACGACAACAGCGAAAACGACCACGACGAGGAAAUGAAGGACGCGGUGGAGAACAACGCAGAGACGAAGAUCGCAUCGUCGCCAACGUCUCCGUCCUCGGAACCKAACAAAAAAACAAAACMCGAACACAACACGACCGAACCAAGCGACAACAACAAGAAGAAAGAGGAGAAGGAAAACACCGAGGCCACGACAACGAAGAAAACCUCCGCCUCCGCCUCGUCCUUUUUUGCCAAACCCAAACCAAAGCCCAAAGAGAGCGACUCUGCCACAGAACCCACCAAAACAACGACGGGGGCAUCCGGGGGCGAGGACACCAAGCAUUCCGUCCCGACCAAAGGCGGAAAACCCACCGAAACGAAGGACACGAGUGGGGCGGACAACGAUAACGACAACGACAACGACAAAAACAACGACAAGGACAUGGACAAGGACGACGCCUCCAUGAGCCCCGGGAAGCGAAGGCUCGUCCGCAGGGCGCGAAAACUCGCCAAGGCCUACAAGGUGGACGCGGAGAUCACGAAAGGCUUUCCCCGCCCCACUUUGGCGCCGGUGAACUCCAGGGCCAGGCCCGCGGCCAGCACCGGCACCGGCAUCGUCCCCUACGGGGACCUCGCUGAGCUCCUGGAGCGCAUCGAGGGGGUCUCGGGCCGCCUGGAGAUCCAGGCCAUGGCCACGGGGUUCUUCCGGCGCAUCCUAAAGUUCGGGAUUCUUCCGGUGGACCUCUCGGCCGCGGUCUACCUCUCCUGCAACGCCGUCGCCCCGGCCUACGAGUGCGUCGAGCUCGGGAUCGGGGACUCCCUCCUGGUCAAGGCCAUCUCGGAGGCCUACGGUUCCAAGCCGGCCACCAUCAAGGAGGAGCUGCGGGAGAUGGGGGACCUGGGCCUGGUGGCCCGCUCCUGCAAGUCCAGGCAGCGRACCCUCGGCUUUGGGGCCCGCCCGAAGCCCCUCACGAUGGAGGCYGUCCUGGCCGUCUACCGGGAGAUCGCGGCCGUAUCGGGGAGCUCCUCGCAGAAGCUCAAGGUCGGCAAGAUCAAGAAACUGCUGGUGGCGGCCAGGGACUCGACCGAGACCAAGUUCCUGAUCCGGGGCCUGCAGGGAAAGCUGCGGAUCGGACUGGCCCAGUCGACGGUSCUGGUGGCAUUGGCCCACGCCCUGGCCAUGACGAUUCCCUCCACGGUGGAGGUGGGGGGGUGCAGCAAUGACAAAAACGGCGGCGAAAAAAACGACAACGGAGAUGACAACGAGAAAGAUAACAAUGACAAUGACAAUGAGAACGGCAACGACGACAAGGACAACGACGGUGCCUACAGCGACGAUAACGAUAACGAUAACGAUAAUGACGACGACGACGACACCAGCAGCGAAACCGACAAGGAUCCCAUCGUCGCCGCCAUGGAGGACGAGUCGCUUCCCGUCGAAAAGACCCUCGAGGCCUGCGCCAACAUGAUCAAGAAGGUCUACUCCGAGGUCCCCUCCUACGACGCGCUGCUGGAGGCUGCGCUGGAGGUCCCCCUCUCCGACCUCCACAAACGCUGCCACUUCCAGCCGGGCAUCCCGGUCGAGCCCAUGCUCGCCAAGCCGACCAAGUCCAUCCAGGAGGUCCUCAAGCGGCUGGACGGCCAGGAAUUCACCUGCGAGUACAAGUACGACGGGGAGCGGGCGCAGAUCCACAAAACCAGCGACGGGAGCCUCAAGGUCUUUUCGCGGAACCUSCUGGAAACCUCCUCCAAGUACCCGGAGGUCCCCCUCUUUGUCCAGGAGGCCGCCGCCGCGGCGGCGGCGAACCGCAAGGAAGCCGGCGAAGGCCAAGGCAAAGAAGCGGUCGAUUCCUUUGUCCUCGACGCCGAGGUGGUGGCCUACGACCACGAGAAGGGCCAGCUGGUGCCCUUCCAGGUCCUGUCGACGCGGAAAAAGACGGUAGACGAGGGGGAGACCUCCAAGGUUCAGGUCAUCGUCCAGGCCUUUGACCUCAUGUACCUGAACGGAAAGUCCCUCCUUGGCAAGACCCUGAAGGAGCGGCGGGAGCUCCUCAAGACGCACUUUGCCCCCGUGGAGGGCAGGUUCCAGUUCGCCAAGUACCUGGACGCCAGGGAGGACGGCGACACGACGGUCCUGGAGCAGUUCCUGGACGCCGCCGUCAAGGGCCAGUGCGAGGGACUCAUGGUCAAGACCAUGGUGGACAUCUACGAGCCCUCCCGGAGGAGCCUGAACUGGCUCAAGCUCAAGAAGGACUACCUGGACGGGGUGGGGGACAGCUUCGACCUGGUCCCCCUGGGGGCCUACUACGGCCGCGGGAAGCGCACCGGGGUMUACGGGGCCUACCUGCUGGCCUGCUACGAUCCCGACACGGAGGAGUUCCAGAGCGUCUGCAAGAUCGGGACGGGCUUUUCCGACGAGGAUCUGCAGUCCCUGUCCAAGGCCCUGGGCGAGCACGAGCUGGAGGGGGGCAAGUCCUCCCAGUACGUCGUCUCGGAAAGCCUCGAGCCGGACGUCUGGUUCGACGCGGUCCAGGUCUGGGAGGUCAAGGCCGCGGAUUUGUCCAAGUCGUCCACCCACAAGGGGGCCCUGGGAAAGCUGGAGGAGGGCCGCGGGAUCGGCCUGCGGUUUCCCCGGUUCGAGCGCGUCCGGGACGACAAGCGGCCGGACCAGGCCACCAGCAGCGACCAGGUCUUGGACAUGUACUACAACCAGGACUCGGUCAAGGGGCAGCUGGGCGGAGACGGCUACGACGACGGGUACGACGGGAUCUGAUCGGCCGGUGCGGAACAAUCCGAAGCAAAGCCGCUGUCUAGCAGCUGGCUAGUAUUGGUAGUGCUACUACUGAGUGGUACCACUAUUGGCGGAUACUAUGACUAAGGCCUAGUAGUGCGAUCGUAUAACGUGCAGUGAAAGUAGUAGUGUCAAACGAUUCCAUAGUUUACCCGGUCAUUUCAUGAUGCAAGCAUCGUGUUUCUUUAUACCUUUUUUUGGUUCCAAACAUGCAAUGCUUUCCGAUUGAUAAUUUACAAAAAUAUAUCACAAAGACAAAA